GUCUGCCCAGACCAACAAUCCUGACGUCAUCGGUAUGGCUGUGGCUGGCUGCGUUAGCUUCCUCAUGCUAGCUGUCGUCGUAGCCAUCAUUGGAUUGUCUUUCUACUGGGGUCCUAUGUUCAACCAAUGGAUGAAACAGAAAGGCUUUGUCCGCAUGCCCAAAAAUUACUUCAAGAAAAAGGAAGAAGCCAAGAAAAGACUCGUUGGCGAUUCCAGACCGUCUUCUAUGAUAAACGGCCAACUCCCUGCACAGAACUUUGACCGAGUUGAUCCGAGAGAUGACGGCGUUAUAUUACAGCCGGGUGUAAGGAUGAAUAGCAAAUCAACCGGAAGCAGAACUUCAUGGGUUAAUGGUUGGAACCAAAGACAGAGUGCAUUUGUUAAUAAGAUUUAUGAAGAAAAGGAUGUGACUCUUGAGCUGGGUCCGGAAGGGGAAGAAGAAUUCAAAAUAGAAGCAGAAUUGGUCGACAAUGAGCACCUAGACAUUGGUCCAUUUAAAAGACAGAAUACAGAUACACCCAUUCCAGGCAAUGUGUAUAAUGAGCCCUACAUCUAUAGCACUGUGAACAGCUCUCUAAAGACCAAGAAGAAACCAGCAACCAAUGGCGACAUAGGGAGCUCCACCCAGGGCGUGACCACGGCCAUAGUGAGCUCAGAGAUGACUGAGCUCGCAGAAGAGACCUCGGGGGGAUCACACAAAAACAUAAAUUACGAGGACGUUCUCGUUCGCCUUUGAGAUAAUAUUAAAGUGUAUGCAUAUGUUAUCUACUAAUAGCAUUAAAUAUAUUACUGAGCUAACAAAAUGGUGUGAAAAUUUAAAAUUGAGGAUUAAAUAAAUUGUGUUGUUAUCUGAUAAUCAAAUACAGUAGAUAUAAAAACUUUAAUAUGAUUUUUUUUUUACGAAUUUUAGUUCUUAAUAAUAAUUUAAUUCCCGAUGAAAAAACAUAAAUUAAAAUACAAUAUUUUCUUAUAAUUUUCACAAGUUUUAGCUAAUGCAGCACAAUCAAACUGUCUGAUGUUUUCGUCUCCGACUUGUUUUCUCCCUCUUACAACUGCAUGCUAAACAAAUUAAAACAUCUUCAUUGUUUCUCAACCCCCUAACAUCUAUAUUAUUUCAGUACCUAAAAUAUAUCAAUUUGUAUUAAAUCUAUGACAUGUAGAUAAAUCAAACUAAACUGAAUGAAUGAAUGUUUACAAAGAAAUGCGAAGGAUCUUCCAACCUGAAAAAUUGUUGGUAGAACUGAAUUGUGUUUAUUAUUCAUUGUAGUCUGAUAAUAUUUUUAUUAUCUUUAAACAUGGUGUGGAAAGGAAUAUUCAGCUGAUCUAUGCAGUCAUGUCACAGGAUGCCAGUGGGGUAGGGGGGUAUUUGAACCAGCCUUGGUCACACCUGAUCUACUCUACUGUACCUACUGAUCUGCCAUUCUGAUAUGCCCCUGUUGUGCCUUAAUUA